GGCGGGGAGCCCCCGCUGCGGGGGCGUCGGGGCCGCGCCUGGGCAGCGGGCGGAGCCGCCGCCGCCGAGUGCCGGAGCCGCUCGGCGCGUCGGAGGCUGCGCUCGGCUCCGCUGGGCUCCGGCGCGGCUCCGCAGCAGCUGCCGGGAGGGGAGGCGGGCGCCGCCGCCCGCGCCGCGCCGAUGGGUCUCCUCCUGCUCCUCUGGGCGUGUGCGGCCGCCGCCGGGGCAGCUGUAGGAUUUGGAAUGGAUCCUGACUUACAAAUUGAUAUCAUCACAGAACUGGAUCUUGUGAAUACAACCCUUGGCGUAACACAAGUGUCAGGACUACACAAUGCCAGCAAAGCAUUUUUAUUCCAAGAUAUAGAAAGAGAAAUCCAUGCAGCGCCCCAUGUGAGUGAGAAGUUAAUACAGCUCUUCCGAAAUAAAAGUGAAUUCACGUUUCUGGCCACCCUGCAACAGAAGGCAUCGACUUCUGGAGUUAUACUGUCCAUCCGAGAGUUAGAGCACAGCUAUUUUGAACUGGAGAGCAGUGGUCUACGGGAUGAGAUUAGAUAUCACUACAGGUUUAAUGGGAAGUCAAGAACAGAGGUGUUCCCGUACCGUCUGGCAGAUGGACAGUGGCAUAAGAUUGCCGUGUCACUUAGUGCAUCCCACCUUCUGCUCCACGUGGACUGCAACAGGAUUUAUGAACGCGUCAUUGAUCCUCCAGAAACGAAUUUGACACCUGAAAGCAAUUUAUGGCUCGGACAGAGAAACAGGAAACAUGGUUUUUUUAAGGGUGUUAUUCAAGAUGUGAAAGUCAUCUUUAUACCUAAUGGAUAUAUAACGCAGUGUCCUAAUCUGAAUCGCACAUGCCCGACCUGCAGUGAUUUCUUAAGUCUGGUGCAAGGAAUCAUGGAUUUGCAAGAACUCCUGGCAAAAAUGACUGCAAAAUUAAAUUAUGCAGAAACAAGACUGAGUCAAUUGGAAGACUGUCAUUGUGAGAAGACUUGUCAAGUAAAUGGAUUGAUCUACAGAGACAAAGACUCAUGGGUUGAAGAUGAUCACUGCAGGAAUUGCACAUGCAAAAGUGGAGUUGUGGAGUGCCGAAGGAUGUCCUGCCCUCCUCUCGAUUGUCCUCCCGAUGCUCUCCCAGUGCACGUGGAAAGCCAGUGCUGCAAAAUAUGUAAGGCAAAGUGUAUCUAUGGAGGCAAAGUGCUAGCAGAAGGUCAACGAGUAUUAACCAAGAGCUGCAGGGAAUGUCGAAAUGGAGUUUUAGUAAAAGUAACAGAGACUUGUCCGCCAUUGAACUGCUCAGAAAAGGAUCACGUUCUUCCAGAGAACCAGUGUUGCAGUGUUUGUAGAGGCCAUAACUUCUGUGCAGAGGGACACAGAUGUGGUGAAAAUUCGGAGUGCAAAAACUGGAACACAAAAGCUACUUGUGAAUGCAAGAAUGGUUAUCUCUCUGUCCAAGGGGACUCUGCGUAUUGUGAAGAUAUUGAUGAGUGCGCUGCCAAGAUGCAUUAUUGUCAUGCCAAUACUGUGUGCGUUAACUUGCCUGGAUCCUAUCGUUGUGACUGUGUCAUGGGAUAUGUCCGUGUGGAUGAUUUCUCCUGUACAGGUGAGCUCUCAGAGCAUGAUGAGUGUGGCAGCGGACAGCAUAACUGCGAUGAGAAUGCAAUCUGUACGAACACUGUCAGGGGACAUAGCUGCACCUGCAAACCCGGCUACGUGGGGAACGGGACCAUCUGCCGAGCAUUCUGUGAAGAGGGGUGCAGAUAUGGUGGAACUUGUGUAGCCCCUAACAAAUGCGUCUGCCCUUCUGGAUUCACAGGAAGUCAUUGUGAGAAAGAUAUUGAUGAGUGUGCAGAGGGGAUCAUUGAGUGUCACAACCAUUCACGCUGUGUUAACCUCCCAGGGUGGUACCACUGUGAGUGCAGAAGCGGUUUCCAUGACAAUGGAAGCUAUUCUCUUUCCGGGGAGUCCUGUGUUGAUAUCGAUGAGUGUGCCUUAAAGACCCACACCUGUUGGAAUGAUUCAGCCUGUGUGAACCUGGCAGGAGGGUUUGAUUGCCUUUGUCCGUCUGGACCAUCUUGCACUGGAGAUUGUCCCCAUGAAGGCGGCUUCAAGCGGAACGGGCAGGUGUGGACCCUGAGGGAGGACAGAUGCUCCGUUUGUUCCUGCAAGGACGGGAGGAUUUUCUGCCGGAGGACAGCCUGCGACUGCGAGAACCCCAGCGCUGAUCUCUUCUGCUGCCCGGAGUGUGACACCCGCGUCACCAGCCAGUGCCUCGACCAAACUGGGCACAAGCUCUACCGCAGUGGGGACAACUGGACCUACAGCUGUCAGCAGUGCCGUUGCCUGGAGGGAGAGGUGGAUUGUUGGCCUCUUUUGUGCCCAAAUCUAAACUGCGAGUACACAGCCAUCGCAGAAGGAGAGUGCUGUCCCCACUGCGUCAGUGACCCCUGUCUGGCUGACAGCAUCACCUACGACAUCAGGAAAACCUGUCUAGAUGGCUAUGGAAUCACGAGACUUAGCGGCGCUGUAUGGACAAUGGUGGGAUCGCCUUGUACAACCUGCAAAUGCAAGAAUGGGAACGUCUGCUGCUCGGUGGAUUUAGAGUGUCUCAACAAUAACUGACGUAGUCAGACUGGACUGUGCCGAGGGAGGAAAACCGAUGAAGUUAACACCUGAAAUGAAGUCAUAAGCGUUGGCGUUUUAUACAACAGACAAUUACCAAAGUCUCCGCAUGAGGAAGAUGUUUGGGAGUUGCCUUUGGGACCUAUCACUAUGCUCAUCCUUGCUAGCCUUGUCUGGGUGACUUACAGUACAGCGCAUAUAAGUCAAUGGUUGUUAAAAGUUUUCAGUGUUGUAAAUGACACACUUUUCCUGUCGAGACAUUUGCAAAUAUGUUUAAAUUAUUUCAUGGGUAAACUAAUGCUGUAUUUUUGGUUUAAUUUGUGUAUUGACAACAUGAUAGAAUUCAACUCUUCUUACUUUGGAUCUAGAUUUUACAAAUAAGACAGCCUGUUGUGAUUUUGUCCCAUGAUAUCACAUACUUAGUUCCAAGGUCCCUGUCAGAUGUAUUUAUGAAAAUAUGUAUGUAUGUACAGUCAAAUUGCAUAGUACUUAUAUUUCACAGCUGUCCAACAUUUUAAAGCAUUCAAAGGUAUAUUUGAUUGGACAGAAUGGAAGCGAUCAAAAUAAGCCUGUCUUAAAAAUGUAUAAAGUUAAAUGCCAUGACCUUAACGAAAUGGCAAAAAAAGCACUUUCUUCUCCAAACAUGCGGAGCAGCAGCAGCAAGACUCCUGUAGUGAGAAAUGGAACUAAAACUGCAUUCCACCCUCAAUUCAACACACAUUCAGGAAAGAGUCACCAGUCAUUAUCAGUAUUCUGUCUUGCAAGAGAAACCGCAAAUGCUGAAAAAAGCGUAUAAUCCCUCUGGGUCGUGCCGUGAUAAAACAGUCAGAGAGCCUUAAGAUGAUAUAAUUAAAAUUGACUAGGUUACAGUUUGCUUUCAGUUGUAAGAUCAUUGAUGAGUUCAGAGUUUUUCCUUUUUUUGUAUUUACAGUAGUAAAGAUGUCUGCCAUUCUCAGUUACUGCUACCAUAGUGACACAGUGCAGGAGCACCUGUACCAGUGACAUGCGCGACAGGAGACCUUAACGCUUGGUAACUUUCACUACCCAAUUUACAGCUUAGACACAGAUCUACUCUUUUCAUAUUUUACGACGUUCAAAAAUCUAUAGUUUUAAAUUUACCAUGCGCGCAGUGUUGUUUUACUACCUAAGUUUAGGCAGAAAUACAAAUUAAAACUCUUAGCGCUACAUUGAGGUUACAGUUUAGAUUCUUUUCAGCUAACGUCUAUUUUUUUCAUGAGGCUAGAAAGUUUGUGGCAUUAGAACAAGAAUAUAUUUCUACGAUGAUGGCAUCUACAGCUUACAUGUCACCUUUUUAACGUGCUGUUGUGUUUUGUUCUGCUCAUUUGUGUAGUGUUUUUUGCUUUUUGUUUCUUUAAUUAAACACUGAGUAUAUGGAAAAGAGUGCAGAAACAAGUAUAGUGGCUACAGUUUGGAAAGUCUACAUUUGUGAGUUUUUCAUAGGUUCAUGCAGAAAAUGUGAAACUGAUUAAUAAGAAUGAAGUGUGACUAUACAGUGAAAAAAUUAGUCGUCUUUUAAAUGAAGUACUAUUAUGUUUCUUAUAAGGGGGAAGUGGCAAAAUGAUAUAAAAAUUAAUUGCAAUCAUCCAGACAACUUUAUUCCCAUUUUUUUUUAAACAGGAUUUGUUUUAUCUAACAGGUUUGUGUGGUAAAGUUAAAUUUAUUUUCUUAAAAUGCCCCAUCAUUUUCAGCUAGUAAUGCAUUGACUAUAUUUGCAUUGCCCUGGUGAUUGUAUAAUAAGGGAAACGGUUGUGUUUUAUAUGAUACUCAAAGGAUGUUUGUAAAUCAUACCGUCAGCUCAUUUUGUAUAUCACAUUGUAAAACCCAAUGGUAAUUCAGUUGGACGAGAUAUCCAGUGGGCUGAGAUAUAAAGGGGAAUGAUUUAAAACUUGUGGGCAUCUAAAUAAACUCCUAUGUACAGAU